AAGUGACACACUGACACUACCCAAUCCAUAACUAACAUCCUCUGGCCAUAUUUAUCCAAUCCCUUUUUCUACCCCGCGCAUUGUAGGAGUACGUAGACGUACUAGAUCUCCCAUGUGCUUGUUCCGCUUUCAAUUUUGUUCUUUGCGGUAGUGGUUUAUCUCGAUAUCAACACGCAACAUUUUUUCCAGCUUUUCUAGUGGUGGUGUUGUGUUGUGGUGUAAGUGUAUCGACGACAAGUAUUGAUUUACGUUUAGAGAAUGCAGCAUUUCUUUCAUCUGUUGUCGUCUACACGCGGAAGUUCACGAUCUUCAUGAGAAACCUCAACUCUGUAAAUAAUUGGUACCGUUGCUGGGGAUAGCUGUGUCUACUCCAUCUCUAGCAAGCUUAAGGCAUAAAGAUUUUCUGGAACAGCAUUAGCCUAAGCAACAAGUUUCAGUUUUGGUUUUCACAGACCACUAGACCUAAUAUUAAAGGUCUUUCUAGAUGUUGAUGUCAUCGGACGCCUGUCAUGCUCGACAAAUUCAAUAGGAUAUACUACUCCCAGAAUAGAAGUUCGUUGUAGCACGACCUGCUGCCGGAUAGAUUUUUCUGGCUUCGAGCACUAGAUAAAUAGGUGGACGACGCCGAACCACAACCACGAUCUCGUAAAAAUGACGAUCCGCAAGUCCUCGGCUUUGAAGCGGUCGCCCUCCUGCCCCUCGCUGGGCCGGCAGCAGGAGCUUUUUGGCACGACGACGGCGAACGAUGGCAGCUGCAUAUGAAAUGCAAAAGUAUCGUACUCGUCGAAAUGCAUUACAGAUUUCCUCAGCAUGAUGAGAAAUAAAAUUUGUAAUGCGGAUUUACCUUAAAAAAAAGAUUUCCAAUGCGUGACUGCAAUUACUACGAGUGCGAUGGUACUUUUGCAGUUCAUACUGCACCUUCGCGAACAACAAAAUGUCGGAUUUGAAAACCCCGGGCGGGUAUCAAAUGCAAAUUUGUCUGGGUCUGGAAACUUGUGAUGCUAAAAUGUGGAUGAUGGAAACCGCUCCGAAUACAACCUAGCAUGACAACUUUCCAGAACGCUUUCUCAUUGGCAAUCCGCAUGAGAAACUGCGUGGCUUCCCGUACAAAAGAGGCUGCGACUUCUGUUGGUUAAGUAUGCAAUACAGGUCUCCUAGGUAUGGAAAGCUAGCAUGACAAGUUCCAACCGUCCAGACCCAGACAGAUUUGGAAUGCAUAGCUGGUUCCGACGGAGGUUUCUGGAAGAGCAGAAGAAGCAGGAUGUAAAUCAGUUUCAGUCUCUGGAGACGGCUUCGUUGCUCCACACGGCAGAUUCCUCCAAUUUCAGCAACAGCGAAAACACCACGCCUAUGAAAUGCAAAAGUAUCGUACUCGUAUAGAUUGCAGCUACGCAUGACAAACCUUGUUUCUUUUUACCUGAACCGGCAUUACAAAUUCCAGUUUUCUUCUUGAAAAAAUGUCUCAUGCAAUUCAUACUAGUACGGCACUUUUGUAAUGCAUAAUGCCAUCGGAAGCAGGGUUGCUCCGGCUGCAGAGCUCGAGUCCGGAUGUGACAGUGACCACUCCGGGCGGUGGGGCGGUUGAGAAAGAGAAACAGGAAUUAUCUGAUUCAAAAAACAACAACAACGCCGCCAAUCCACCUGCGUUAGAAACCAACUUCUUCUACUGCGACACUUCGGGGGCGAUGAAUAACAUUCAACGGGGAGUAACCACCCCUGCAGAUCAGCAAGACAACAAUGUCGGGCAACAAGUCCCUAUCGCCCCAAUGUUGGACCGGUACUUGAAUUCCCUUCCCGCACCGCAAAGGCUACCGCAAGAACAUUUGACCAUUGUGCCCCCGCAGGAGAAUCUGCUGGUGGAGCACUUGAACCGGGUAUGACCUGCAAAAGCAUCAUACUAGUAGUAUGAAUUGCAUUACAAAUUUCCUCAUCAUGACAAAUGCAAUUUGUCAUGCUGAUUUGCCGUGGGAACGAGAUUUGUAAUGCAUGACUACGAGGAGUACUAUACUUUUGCACAGGAUACCGGGCGCCCAGUUACAACAUCAACAACACAACGCCGUCGUUGUCCAAGCGAAUCACCUUGGACUUCCUGGUGUCUGGGGGAGAUGAUCGUCUGAUUCUGACGAAAGAGGGGGUGAACAAGUACAACACGCCCGCAAUUCCGCAACCGCGCGGGAUUCACCGGAGCUCGUGCACGAGCAAUUGCGUCACGGAUUACACGUUCCAAGUCGGGGAAUCAUUAGUCGCGGAGCUGCUCUAUCAAGUGCAAAAAUGUCUGGGUCUGGGAGAUUGCCGGGUUUGUCAUGCAUAUUUCUCAUGAUCCAUGAUGCCUGUAAUGCAUGACCUAGCGUCACAGACUUUUAGAGGGCUUUCUGAUGCACCUUCCGCAUGAGAAAUGUCCUGUCCGUGUAGCACAAACCGGACCCGUCUUGCUGGUCAUGCAAUACAAAUUUUUUUAGAGUCCAAAAACAGCAUGACAAGUUGCAUUCUUCCAGACCCAGACACUUUUGCAUUUGAUAUGCUCGAAGCCCAGAUGGACGAGAAUUCUUCCGAGGGCAGGACGAAGUACAUGGAAAUGAUUGACUCCAUUCGGGACCAAAUGCGGUCCAUCUGGAAGUUGCCGAAGUUUUCGAACAGUAUCACCCUUUGCCCCUCGGGUUCCGACGCGGAGUACCUUCCCUUGUUAAUCGCGAUCUGCCGGUUGUUGAAGAAGAAGAAGGAGAACGAAAACGAGUUCGACCUCGGCAACGGAAUUCUGACGAUCGUGUCCGGCGCGGGGGAGGUCGGCUCCGGCACGUUGAACGCCGCGAAGGGGAAAUUCUUUUCCAACAUCAGUCCAAAAGAAGUCCGGUUACCAGCUCUUGGUGGGAACAGCACGAAACAGACCAGUGCUCUUUUCGCGAACAACAACAGUCCUUCUGCCUCGAAGCAGUCAGGGUCGGUCUCCGUCGUGAAAACGGGCAACAACGUGUUUCAGCUGCCGGAAUCCUUCCCGAAGGUCGAGGCCAUGGAGGUCUACAUGCGGAACCGCGGCGGGCAUUUGCUCACGCAGAAGGAAAUGGACGAGGAAGUGAAACACUGUGUGUCCAACGCGUUGAUCGAGCAAAAUUUCCAGUGUGUCAUCGUCCACGUGGUCGCUGGCUCGAAAACCGGCCAUUUGAUUCCCUCGUUGUCGAUUAUCGCGAGAAAAAAGUGUUACGGUUACACACUCUGAUGCAAUACCAGCAAGACAGACAACCUCUGUCAUUCAGGAAAUGCUUGCCAGCCUGAUUAUUUCGUGAUCGUGCGUGUUUUCCCUUAUAGUCUGCGCAUUACAAGUUUUCUUCGCCAUGCAGAGCAACUCUGUGAUGCUGAAUUUACAACAAAUGUGUAACUGUAGCACUUUUUUCUUGUGAUAUCCAUCGUGGAGGAACUAAUCGAGACGUUCGGCCGGGUAUGCAAAGAAAAAACUGUGUAUAGUAACAGUAAGUGUAAGUAACUUUCUUGGAGGAACAGCAUCACAAGUUUGCUCUGCAUGCCAGAGGAAAUCUGUCAUGCGUAGCUAGUAUCAGUGAAAACACGUACGAAAACAGCCUCUGAUGCAUGUCCAGCAUGACAGCUGUAAAUGUCUUGCAUCGUCUACAGCACAAAGUUACACUUACGCAGUUUUUUUCUUGCAUACCGGGAGAAGAUCAUCCCGGUGAUUGACGCGUGCCAGGGGAGGUUGCAGUAUGAGAGUGCACAUAGCUCCCCCUCCCCUUCAUUUGUAUGGCAUGAACAGCAAUACAACCGUCAGCAAAAAUGCAGGCUUUGCAUGACAAAUUUGCACAGCGUUGUAGUGCCAUUUGUGCUCCUGCCAGAACUUGUCAUGCAAACAGUGCCAACAGCAACAGCAGGCACAGUGUGGAUUUGGGUUUUCGCAUCACUAAUGAGGUGGACGGGGAGUAGUUGUGCACUUUCAUAUGCAGGAGGGCGCGUUGAGAGCGUUUCUCGACCAGGAAUACAUCGUCCUCACCACGGGCAGCAAGUUCUACGGCGGUCCGCCGUUCUCCGGUGCGGUGCUGUUGCCCUUGUGCUACAGCAAGGAAUUGGAAUCGUGCGAGGAUAUUUGGGGUGAGCACAGCGGAAAAAACGACGAAGAUUUGCGGUUCCAGUUGAAGCACUUCCCGCUCUUCAUGGACGAAUCACUAUUAUCUACUGAUUAUGAAUUGCAAAAGUUAUCGUACUAGUAUAAAUUGCAUUACAAAUUGACUUAGCAUUACAAAUUGAAUUUGUCAUGCGGAUUUGCCUUUCCAAAAAGAUUUGUAAUGCAUAAACGCGAUUGGUACGAGUGCGAUGCUUUUGCACUGCAUACUGAUUUGCCGAAGAUGCGGUCUUGCAUCAAGAAGACCACGACCGGGGUCGCCCGCAUGCUGAAUUGGGGAGUGGUGCUGCGGUGGAAGAUGGCGCUGAACGAAAUCAAACUGUACCACGCAAUUCCGGAACCCUUGCGCGACAACAUCCUGAAAACCUGGGUGGAGUCCGUCCGCGAAAUCGUGAAGGGUUUGAAAUCGCCGUUUCUGGAGUGCGUCGAAGAGGAAAGGGAGUUUGUGUCGAAUUCCCCCCGGGGAGAUUUUCACAGUAGUGGUGGUGGUCACAACAUGUUCCUACCGAGGCCCAGGAGUGGACAGUUGGCGGUAGGAGCUGGGGCAACUAGUGGCACAGCUGGGGUUGCUUGUACUAACGGGGAGAAUGAGGGAACGGAGACCACGAAAGAACAGGACGCGGUAUUGUUUAGUAAUUAUGUUUUCUUUACUGCGCCUGCGUAUCCACCCAGUCUGAAUGAGUAGAAGUAGCAAUCUGCUGCAAAUAGAGCAUGACUUUGUGAUCAUGCUGCAGUAAGUACUACUGAAGAUGAAGAUGAUGAGAAACCUAUGAUACCCGUUUGUGAUGCAUAAAUGCUAUACUAAACUUCUAUCAGGGCAUGAUGUGGUGCAACACGAUCAUUUCGUUGAUUUGCCGCGGUCCCGUGAAGAACUCCGUCUCGAACAAGCAACGGUUGGGGUUAGAUGAGUUGAAAAAAUUGCACAAACUGAUGUCGAUGGACUUGUCCAAGUUCGAGCUUUCCCUGACCGACGAGCAGAAAUCCACCCUAAACGACACCACGGUGAUUUUACCCGGCCCCUACGGUUCACACGUGAUCGAAAACCUUUCCGACAUUCUCGCCUCCAAGUGCUACAUCGCGCAGCCGGUGCAACUCCAGCCGAAUUGGGACAACAAACAUGCGUUGACGGUGAUUCGGGUGACGAUCGGCGCGCCACUGGUGUACUGGGUCAGUGAGAAGGUGAAGCGAUUACCAAUCGCCGAUCUGGAGUCGGGCAACGGGGUGCUAUCAAAUGCAAAUGUGUCUGGGUCUGGAAGGUUGCAACUUGUGAUGCUGCUUUUGGAUUCUGAAAAAAUCUGUAUUGCGUGACCAGCAAGAACAGUCUAGUUUGUAAUACGCGGAGGUGGCAUUUCUCAUGCGGAAUGAGCAUCAGGAAGCCCUCUCAAAUGUUGUGAUGCUGGAUAAUGCAUUACAGGCGUCUACUUCUUGGGUCAUGCAAAAUAUGCAUGACAAACCUAGCAAUCUUCCACACCCAGAGAUAUUUGCAUUUGAUAGGUGCCGCGGAUCGUGGAUUUGGUUUCCCGGUCGGACCUAUGCAUUGCAAAAGUAUCGUACUCGUAUAAAUGCAUGACGUGGCCUAGGUACGCACAUACGACUCGGUACGCCAAAUCGUAUGUGGGGCGUUACAAUUUUCGCGCUUUUUUCAUUGAGAAAACCCGCCAAAAAGCAGCACCGAGCCCGGUGCGGUUUGUAACGUAUGGCAGCACCGAGCCCGCCCAAAUAUGUCUUUUUGCCCACCUACAAAAUUGGUAUUGUAGCGGCGCGCCUUCACAAUACAUUUUGGCGCACCGAGGCGGCGCGCAAAAACGUCCCAUCGCACACCUGUCCCAGGUGGCGCAGGCGCCUUCGCCUCCUGCGUUUUAUUUUUACCUUGCCCUCGGACGCGGGCAAGGGUACGGGUUUUGUUUUUCUGCCCACCAUCAAGGCCCGCGGCGUGACCUCGCGAAUUAGCCGAUGGGCCCCCGGUCCUCCCCCCCCCCGCCCCCCCCCAUUUUCUCUGCGCUCGCGUGCUUCGCGAUUUCGCGUGCGUUUUUUCGCUUCGCACACGCCCGCGCCUGCGUCGCCCCUUGCCUUCCGCGGGAGCUUCUGCUCGCGGCGUCGCGCGACGAGCACUACCUCGAACGCACGGCAACAGCAUCGAAUUUGUUUCACGUGUCUCACCGUCUCACCCCAAAAAAAACAAUCUUGGCACCGCCGCGCCCCGAGCGCUUUUUUCCAUUUCUGCUGUUGUGUUCCGCCCGUCUGCUGCUUUGUUCCCGACUACAAUUUGGCGCACCGAGGCCGUCCGCCUCGGUGCACCGAGGCGGCCAUUCCGAAAAACGGGCAUUUUUGGCCUCGGUGCGCCAUUUUGUAUGCGCGUCCUAAAGAGCCCUCUUCUAGCCUCGGUGCGCCAACUUGUAGUGGCGUACCGAGGCCACGACACUACCGAGGCGACGUCAUGCAUUACAAAUUUCCUCAGCAUGAGGAAUAGAAUUUGUAAUGCGGAUUUGCCUUCAGAGAAAGAUUUGUAAUGCAAGACUUGCACUUACACGACUGCGAUACUUUUGCACAGGAUAGGACCACAUCCUGCUGCGGAAAAUGACACUGGUAUGGGGCUCUCAAACGUUACAUUCUCAACUGUUACAUGGUUUGUCAUGCAGAAUUGCCUUCAUAAUCUACACCAUCAAGCUGCUUCGCAUGACAAAUUCGCAGAGGGCCAAGCAGGCUGAUAAUCGGCGCCAAACCUGUCAUGCAAGACGCGCAAGAUCUCUCCUAUCACUUUUCCCAUUCUUGCAUCACAAAUUCAUGUAACAGUUGAGAAUGUAACAGUUGAGAACGCCAUAACUGGUGCUGGAAAACUGGGAUGCGAUCAAGAAGAUGUUUCUGUGAGAUGAAUAAAUACUAGGUUGUAAUAAGAUAAAAGGUGGUGGUGGUGGUGGGGACCACAAAAUCACGGGUACAACGACAAAUGAAGUAGACUUUUUCAAUAUCAAUCGGAUGAAAUAAAGCCUUCACCUCUUAUGAACAAUUGCCUUCGACUACAUCAUGAUGUAUUAUUCGCACGUAUAGAGCUUUUCAUCGGUGCUAAAGAGUGCCGCGUCUCUAUCUCCCAUUGUAUGCAUUUAUAUUGAGAUCAUGAAUCUUGAAUAACAAUAAACAUUGGCGAAAAUUAUAGCAGGUCUCUGCGUCUUUGCUUCUAUCGCAAGGUCAUGCGGGACCCAAAACAUCCGCUCAAGUGUAUACUUUUAAGUACUUUUUCUCGCCUCCACAUACUAGCAUAAUUCACCUUCACGGAUUCAUUCGAUCUGUUUCAUGACAAGGAAUAAAUUUGAAGCUCUUAGAACAGCUGCCGAUGCUGGUGCAGCUGCCCAGUGAGCUUUUAGUAGUUACGCGUGUAUGCGAGAUAUGGAUAUGCUUCGAUGUUGAAUGAAAGCGUCCGAUUUAGGAGUAGAGUUUUUGAAUCUUGUUGAACUGCCCAUUGGAUAUUUUGAAAAGUCUAGCGGCGGAUGCGAGCAGCUGGAGACGCUACAAAUGCAACGCUUGCGGAAUAUCACGACACUUGAAAAUAACUGAUAUACUUACUCGAAAAGGAGCGACGCAAAAGUUUGUCUUGUAUGAUUCAAAUUUUUAACCCUUCUCGAAGAUUCUUUUGUCACUUUUUCUUGUUUCAUCUUCUCAAGCGCAUCUGUUUCUGCUGUUUCAAAUUUCACGGUUCAUACACUACCACAUGACCACCGCAGCAAGACGAGAGAAAUCGCAUCCAGAGAACGAAGUCGGUUCGUUCCGUAGAUAGAAAAUGACUUUCAGAAUCCUAUGAGCACACCAGUAUGAAAUUAGGCCAACCAUUACUAUACUUCUUCGGGACAACGAAACAGAUAAUAUCAACCACGCAUAUAUCUCGAACUAGGUAGCCACUGUUUUCUCCAUGACUUUCUAGAUUUUAGCCAAGUAAGCCCUACAUUCUUUUACCUCUGUUUUGCCAGCACAGGGAGUGUUCACAGACCGCCUCGACGAUAUCAUGCCUCAGUCCAAUCUUACGACGUAUUUUUCGAGUGGUUUCCGAACAUUUCAGACGGGUACAAAUUUUAGUGGCAGUCAUGCGAAAGGCGAAGGCCACCCCGUUUGAAUAGAACAUAGUUGGCUAGAAGCAGCAGCUGACGCAGAGAACGAGUAGAUGACAGGAUAGCGAGCACCAGGGCCUUCUUGUUUUCGACUGAAAUAUAGAAGCUGCAAAAAACUUCAACUUGUUUCAUCUUGAUAUACAACAAUAACCUGUACCUUGCAAUUGAUAGUUUACAUCGAACCGACAUUAAUUAUAACUCUGAUCAUAUGAUUCGACUUCGAGGCAUAGAUGUUAUGUACGCUAGAUGUUGUUGUUUGUCGUAUUAUGACAGAAGGCGGCACAACCGAGAUUCUGCUGUAUUCCUUCUUGCAAAUAGAUUCGUGUCUCGCGCUCCGCUUUUUUUGCAACCGAUUUUCCCAUAUUUGGCGCUGGUCGUCCGAUAACCGUUGUGUCUACGAAAAAAGUACCCUUUGAAGGCCCCCGAACCACGAAUCGAAAUACGAGAAAUAAUUGCCACGACUUUAUUGGAAAUAAAGCAAUAAAGCAAGACGAGGGAACUGCU